AUGUACCCAAGUACGCUGACGCAGCUUGCCUGGACAAACCCUUUCAACAGGCCGCUGUUCACACUGCGGAAGGUCCGGGAGCCCCCGCAGAGCCGGGCCCCUCCCAAACGCAGACUGGCAGCUGCUGCGGUGGCUGAUGCUGAAGUGAGCUGUGGGUUUGGCUCGACAAAAUAUUACGCCUUAUGCGGCUUCGGGGGCAUCCUUAGCUGCGGAAUCACACACACAGCCGUUGUGCCUCUUGACCUGGUCAAGUGCCGUCUGCAGGUGGACCCUGGCAAGUACAAGAGCAUCUUCAAUGGAUUCUCUGUCACCGUGAAAGAGGAUGGUGUCCGCGGGCUUGCAAAGGGCUGGGCUCCCACCUUCAUCGGUUACUCUAUGCAGGGCCUCUGCAAGUUUGGCUUCUACGAGGUGUUCAAGACCCUGUACAGUGACAUCCUAGGAGAAGAGAACACCUACCUCUGGAGGACCUCCCUCUACUUGGCGGCCUCGGCCAGUGCAGAGUUCUUCGCUGACAUUGCGUUGGCCCCCAUGGAGGCGUGUAAAGUUCGCAUCCAGACCCAGCCCGGGUACGCCAACACCCUGAGAGAGUGCGCACCCAAGAUGUACGCUGAGGAGGGACUCUGGGCUUUCUACAAGGGUGUGGUGCCCCUGUGGAUGAGGCAGAUCCCUUACACCAUGAUGAAGUUCGCCUGCUUCGAGAGAACCGUUGAGCUGCUGUACAAGCACGCGGUGCCCAAGCCUCGCAGCGAGUGCUCCAAGCCCGAGCAGCUGCUGGUCACCUUUGUGGCCGGAUACAUCGCUGGUGUGUUCUGUGCCAUCGUCUCUCACCCCGCUGACUCCGUGGUGUCGGUGCUCAACAAGGAGAAGGGCAGUACGGCAGUCGGCGUCCUGAAGAAACUUGGACCUAUGGGUGUGUGGAAGGGUCUGGUGGCCCGUAUUAUCAUGAUCGGUACCCUGACGGCUCUGCAGUGGUUCAUCUACGACUCUGUCAAAGUGUACUUCCGCUUGCCUCGCCCACCUCCACCGGAGAUGCCAGAGUCCCUGAAGAAGAAACUGGGACCGACUGAAUGAGACAAUGUGCCUUAAAACGAACCUCACGUUUCCUCUGUUUCAAGUAAACCCUUCCCUGUAGUAGCACUUUGUGGUAUGGUGCCUGAGGGCUCUUCAGUACCCCCAAACUAAGUAAUGCUCUUGCCUUUUCAACACUACCGGCUAGGCGUCUCAUUCUUCAGAACUGGAGACCACAGAAUCCCCCACCUUUAUUCAAGGGAGGAGAGACCUGAUGAGCCUGUUGCACCUGCAGAAAGUUAAGGAAUGACAGAAAAGUUUUGGGGAAAAAAGUGGAAACCUUUCUGGUAU